UCGUUACGUUUACAUUCUGUUCUCGACGUCGCGUUCAUUGUGGGGAGCCAUUACCCUUGUCCGCGCUAAAGCAUCGUGCCAUAUUCCCAUUCGCACCCUAAAACUAACAGCAUUCUAGUAGUUUUAAGUGAAAUAUUAUGAGAGUGAAGACCGAAAUGGACGACGACGAAAAGGGAAAACUCUUUGUUGGAGGAUUGUCUUGGGAGACAACGCAAGAAAAUCUGCAACGUUACUUCGGUCGUUAUGGCGAAGUAAUUGAUUGUGUUGUUAUGAAAAAUAGUGAAUCUGGACGUAGUCGUGGAUUUGGAUUCGUUACAUUUAGCGAUCCUGCUAAUGUUCCUUUGGUUCUUCAAAAUGGACCACAUCAACUUGAUGGACGUACAAUUGAUCCAAAGCCAUGUAAUCCACGUACCCUACAAAAACCAAAACGCAGUGGUGGUUUUCCAAAAGUUUUUCUUGGCGGCCUUCCAAGUAAUGUGACAGAAACUGAUUUAAGGUCCUUCUUUACUCGAUUUGGGAAGGUUAUGGAAGUUGUCAUUAUGUAUGAUCAAGAAAAAAAGAAAUCGAGAGGAUUCGGCUUUCUCAGUUUUGAGGAUGAAGAUGCUGUGGACCGAUGCGUAGCGGAGCAUUUUGUCAGCUUAAAUGGAAAACAGGUUGAAAUUAAACGUGCUGAACCACGAGAUUCUUCAAGUAAAAUGAAUGAUAGUCAUCAAGGUCAAUGGGGUCCACCUCAACAAGGUGGGCCGCCAAUGGGUAUGGCUGGGAAUAUGGGACCUAUGGGUGGUCCGAAUGGUCAGAUGGGUGGACCUAUGAUGGGUGGUCCUAUGGGACCUCCUGGAAAUAUGAUGCAACAAUAUCAAGGUUGGGGUACAAGUCCUCAGACUGGUGGAUAUGCUGGAUAUAGUACUCAGUAUAAUACUCAAGGAUGGGGUGCACCACCAGGACCACCACAACAACAGCAAAUCCCACCACCGCCACCGCAUCAAUGGGGUAGCAGUUAUAAUGUCCAGCCUGCAGCAGCAACUCAAGGUUAUGGAAGUUAUGGUGGGCCGGCGGCGGCCGCUUCAGGGGGCUACGGGCCCACGGCGGGUACUGGCGGGGCUGCGGGGGGCGGGCCCGGGGGUUCUUGGAACUCCUGGAACAUGCCACAGAAUGGGCCCCCUCCUGGGACCCAGCCACCACCCCAGCCCCCUCAACCCAACUCCUCGCAGCCCAACUCCAACUCGAACCCCUCUGGCCCGCAGGGUGAUAUGUAUUCACGACAAACUACCGGCUCAGGUGCACCUGGAACUAGUAGCAGUUCGGCUAAAACACCGGAUUACAGUGGCUAUUCCGCAUAUGGUAAUUAUGCUGAUACCACGUAUCCUCAACAACGUUCAUAUACGGGAGGAGAAAGCAACCAAGAAAACAAGACAGCAAAAAGCAUUUCGCAGUGUGGAUACAUAAACUUUUGAUCCUUAAAUGAGAGGAGGUGAAAAUCGUGAGAAUACGAAAAAAAAAAACAAAACUUUUUUUCGUUUGAGAAAAAAGAAAAAAAAUAGGAUUCAAUCAAUCGAAACGAGUCAUCUACUUAUUUUCUUAUGGAUGAAAAAGAGUAGAAAGUUUGGAUGAGAGUCGAGAGAAGAAAGAGGAGGAUAAGUGAAAAUCUGAAAGCGGACAGAGUAAUCGAGAGUACAGUCAGAAAAAGAGAAAAAAAUAUACAUGUAAAUCAAAAAAAAAAAAAAAAAAAAAAAAAAGAAAAAUUCGAUUGCAUGCAUUUGAUGUCAUUGUAGCGGUUUUAAUUAUUCAUUUAUUCAUUGACAACAACAUUAUUAGUCGAUGAACUUUUCCAUUUGAAAAUUUUGCAUAAACGAAAAAAAGUAAGAAGAAAAGAUUUCUAUUUGAUUUUGCCACGAGAAUUUCAAGACGCAUGUUUUUAGUCAUGUUUAUAUGAGAAACGUACUGUUUAAGUUAUUCUAUUGUAUAAAAUAAUUAAAGCUACGUUCGGUAUAAAGAAUAAAUAAGUAAAUAAGUGUAAAAUUGUACAAACGAUCAUCCGUUAGCAAAGCAGUCAGAUUUUAGGAUCAAGCGAAUGGAAAUAUGAGUACAUAUACAUAUACUUACACGAACCCACAAAGAUAUACACGCAGAUACAUAAGUAAAUAAAUGAAUUAAAAGCGCGGAUUCGAAAUUAAUGCAAUAGUAAAAUAUGAAAGAGAAUGAUUAAAGAUAAUCCCAUUAUUAUCUAUGCGCGAACACAUAUGUACAGGAUGAAUCAUGUAACGUGAUUAAAAAUAUUGGAUUUAAAUAAAAUUCUCUCAUUUAUUAUUCAAACAGUUUAAAAUAACAUGAAAAAAGCUACACUUUUAUAAAUCAAUAUUUCAUCAGUUUUUCAGGGUAUUCAUGUUACAUGAGUUCAAUCUACACACACAUAUCUACGCAAUAUGCAUAUAUAAGUUCUCCAUAUUUUUUUUUUUUUUUUUUUUUUUUUUUUUUUUUUUUUUUUUUUUUUUUUUUUUUUUUUAAUCACAGAUACAUAAAAACACGAGAGUAUUGUAUCAAAGUUAACAAGGGUACUUUACAGUAUGUACUUCAAGAUAAAUCAAAGAGCAGAAACGCUCACUGCUGAUUACGUGUUCCAUAUAUACAUAGUAAUAUGUUUAAACGUACUGUACCGAUGACUAUAAGCGUAACACUUCUCUAGGAUUAAAAGAGUGACGAUCGUAGAAGCAAGAGAAAAAAAGGAGUAUAGAAAACACGUUAAAGUUCUUUUUUUAAAGUUCGUCGUCGAAUAUACCUCAUAUACGAUAAUAAAUGAUAAUCUUUGUGCAAAAAUAUUUUAGAGUGAGUUUUUAUGAGGAAGGAAGGGAGAAAGGAGGAACGAUCGAUUUUUAAUUUUUUAGUUUUAUAUCCAGAAGUUCCUAAUCAUCAUAACGUAAAUAAAAUUUACUAUGACGAAAUACCAUCGUGUUAACAAACUACUUUACUUUUUAAUCUUCUAAUCAUGCAGAAAAAAAAUAAACAAAAUAUUUUACGAUACGCGUUACUCUGCGUUACGAUAGAAACGAGAAUAGUUGAUUAUAGUCAUAUUUAAAAAUCGGAAGAAAACACAACGCGACGAGAAAACGCAUUAUUAAUGAAUAAGGAAAAGAAAGAGAGAUAAACAGAAAUAUUCUGAAAAAUCGUGCUCAUUAAUGCUAUACUUAUACUUACUACAUAUUUACGAUAUGUUUCUACCUACGACGAUCUCCCUUCCCGUUGUGCGGCUGUGAGUUAAUAAUACUUCUGGAUAAUUUAGGAAAAUCGUAAUUAAAAAAGGUUAAAGAGAGUCCGAAGAGAGGCGGAGCAAUGGGAAAAACGCCGAUUGACGAAGGCGCGCGCGAGAUUUUCGUCUAAUUAAGUUCUAAGUAAUUAAGUCGCAAAAGUCAUGAAAGUAAAGAAUAAGGAACAAAUACGAAAGAAAAUCUACGCGUCAAACAAAGAUUUUACGUACAUACAUACACACACACGCGCGCGCGCGCGUAAAUACACAAAUCCAUAAAAAAAGAAAGAGGGGGAUUUCAAAAACUCAUAAUCGUUAGGACAGUCUCACUAGCUCGCGAUUAGAUAUUUCUCUUGAAAUAAGUCAGCCUCUAAGUCAUUUGGGACCCGAAAGAAAUUUUUUCGAUUAAAUACUAGUUAGUUUAAUCGUAAAAAUCCGUAGUUGAUAUUGGCGCUACAAGAAAGGAAUGUUUAAGAUAUAUGAGGGAUUGCGUGAUAAGGGUUAAAAAAAAACGAUAUGAGAGAAAGAAAAUAAAAUACAAAAAAUAAAAAGAAUGAAGACACUGAUGGCCGGUAUAAUAAGUGGGAGAGAAAAGAAAGAGUGUCGAGAAUAAGCACCAUAAACGAGCCUUAAUCCAUAAUUUACAAUUUUGCGUAGUAUGUAAUAAUGGUUAUUAAAAAAGAAAAAAAAAUAAAAUAAAACAUUAGCUGGUACGUCCAGGUGCGAAGAUAAGCGAAACUUACAUAGGAUUGUUAUUACGGAAACACUAAUUAAGGAAUUAAAGGUAAUGUUUAAUUAGCGAUUUAAAUGAUCAAUACGAUCUUUCAGACUGCAGUACGUAAAAUGUGUGCGCAUUUAACGAAUAUAAAAAAUAUAUGAAUAGAAAAAAAAAAACGAAUGUGCAAGCCCGAUGUAUUAAUGAAUUCCUCGAUACCAUAGGUUAUCUGUUGCAUUUAAAAACAAGUAACGUGAAAGUGAUGAUCGUUUCGAUAAACAUGACUAAAUAUCCGCAAUUC